AUGAUGCAGAACUCCUCCCUGGGACUCCUGGGAACCCCCUCGCUCAGUGCCCUGUUUCUGUGCAGGCUCUCGGCCAGCAUGGCCCCCACUCUGCAGCAGGCGUACCGGCGGCGCUGGUGGAUGGCUUGCACCGCGGUCCUGGAAAACCUCUUCUUCUCCGCGGUGCUCCUGGGAUGGGGCUCCCUGCUCAUCAUGCUCAAGCACGAGGGCUUCUAUUCCAGCCUCUGCGCAGAUGGGAACACUACCAACACCACCCAGGAUGCCCAACCCCGCUGGGUGAGCUGUGACCAGCAGGAUGAGAUGCUCAACCUGGGCUUCACCGUUGGGUCCUUUGUGCUCAGCGCCACCACCUUGCCCCUGGGAAUCCUCAUGGAUCGCUUUGGACCCCGGCCGAUGAGACUGUUGGGCAGUGCCUGCUUCGCUGCGUCCUGCACCCUCAUGGCUCUAGCUUCUUGGGACCUUGAAGUUCUGUCUCCGCUGAUAUUCCUGGCACUGUCCCUGAAUGGCUUUGGUGGCAUCUGCCUCACAUUCACAUCUCUCACUCUGCCUAACAUGUUUGGGGACCUUCGCUCCACGUUCUUGGCCCUCAUGAUUGGCUCCUAUGCGUCUUCUGCCAUCACGUUCCCUGGUAUCAAGCUCAUCUACGAUGCUGGUGUGACCUUCGUGGUCAUCAUGUUCACGUGGGCAGGCCUGGCCUGCCUCAUCUUCCUGAACUGUGCCCUCAACUGGCCCCGCGAAGCCUUCCCGGCCCCCGAGGAGGCCAACUACAUGAAGAAGAUAAAGCUCAGUGGACUGGCCCUGGACCAUAAAGUGACCGGUGACCGCUUCUACACCCACGUGACCAAUGUCGGUCAGCGGCUGAGCCAGAAGGCCCCCAGCUUGGAGGAGGGGACAGACAUCUUCAUCUCAUCCCAGGAUGUCCGUGGCACCUCAGAAAACCCUUCUGAGAAGGCCAUCCCCUUCUGCAAGAGCCUCUGCUCCCCCAUUUUCCUGUGGAGCCUCCUGACCAUGGGCAUGACCCAGCUGCGAAUUAUCUUCUACAUGGCCGCCAUGAACAAGAUGCUGGAGUACUUCGUGACUGGUGGCCAGGAUAAUGAGAACGAAGACCUGAGAAAAGGGGCAGAAGAAACAGUUGGAUUCUAUUCUUCCAUCUUUGGGGCCAUGCAGCUGUUGUGCCUGCUGACCUGCCCGCUCAUCGGCUACCUCAUGGACUGGAGGAUCAAGGACUGCGUGGACACCCCCAAGGAGGGCUCUGGCCUUGGCGACACCAGGGACGGGAUGGUCGUCAAGCCCAUCAGACUGCGCUACCGCAAGGUCCAGAAGCUCACCAAUGCCAUCAACGCCUUCACCCUGACCAACUUUCUCCUCGUGGGGUUUGGCGUCACCUGCCUCAUCAGCAACCUGCACCUCCAGUUCGUGACCUUCAUCCUGCACACCAUGGUCCGGGGUUUCAUCCACUCCGCCUGCGGUGGUCUCUACGCUGCUGUAUUCCCUUCUAACCACUUUGGGACGCUGACAGGCCUGCAGUCCCUUAUCAGUGCUGUGGUCGCCCUUCUCCAACAGCCGCUCUUCAUGGCCAUGGUGGGACCCUUGGAAGGAAACCCCUUCUGGGUGAACCUGGGUCUCCUGGUCUUCUCGCUCCUGGGAUUUCUACUACCCUCCUACCUCUUCUACUUCCGUGCCCGACUCCAGAAGAAGUACGCGUCGGGCCAGGAGGACCUACAGAAAGUCCUGACAGCCUCGCUCUCCCCGGCUUCUGAGAUAUCCCCUUCUCUCGCCCUUUCCAGCGAUGUCCCCAGUCCCACUGACCCUCAGAACAGAAGGAGGGGUUCUCGGCGCUUGUCCCUGCCCAUCUGGUGCUGGGGACCCCGAGUGGACGUGACAGCAGCCUCGGCCUCCUGGGGAGAGUGUCUCCGCCCCGGGGAGUUUGGGGAGGGGGCUGGCAGGGGCGGAAGCGUGCGGGAGCCGUGUUUGUCGCUCGGCACUGCCGAGUAG